AUGGAGCCGGCCGCUAGGAUUGUCUGCAUGUGUUUUGCUAACAGAUCCAAUAUGACAUCAACUUCAUUCAAUGUGGGUUUGAGUGACGGCGUGCGGUCUUCUAGCCGGGUGCUUCGCCCUCCCGGCGGAGGUCACACGGACAUCUUCGGCGGGGAGCCCGAACCUCCACGGGGACGCCGCCCCGCGCCCGCACUCGUCGAUCAUAUACAACACGGUCAGGGUGACGAACCAGCCAGACCCACUAACGGGGCUACGACCCCCAAUCAGAACGGUCAAGCAAACGCUCCCGUGCAGCCUUCUCCCGUAGAAGCCCAGCCCUCGCCCGUAGAAGCUAAACCCGUGGAAGUAGCUGAGAAAUCAGCUAGCCCUAAAGCUGUUACUCCAACUGAACCUAAAGUUGACGCCCCAAAGCGUGUUCGUGUUCCCCCCGGGGGCUUUUCGUCCGGCUUGUGGUAA